AGUGAUAUAGACCUGAUGAAAGAUCUGAGAAUGGAUGCUUACAGAUUCUCUAUAUCUUGGUCAAGAAUAUUCCCUAAUGGAACAGGGGAAGCAAACCCAGAGGGAGUCAAGUACUAUAACAGCCUCAUAGAUGCUCUUUUAGCCAAAGGAAUCAAACCUUACGUGACAUUGUAUCACUGGGAUCUUCCACAAGCUUUAGAGGACAGAUAUGAAGGAUGGCUAAGCAGAGAUGUCGUGGAUGAUUUCGAGCAUUAUGCAUUCACCUGUUUCAAAGCUUUUGGAGAUAGAGUGAAGUACUGGAUCACUUUCAAUGAGCCACGCGGGUUAUCGAUCCAAGGCUAUGACACGGGAAUUCAAGCUCCAGGGAGGUGCUCACUUCUGGGACAUUGGUUCUGUAAGAAGGGGAAGUCAUCGGUCGAACCAUAUGUUGUAGCUCACAACAUUCUCUUGUCUCAUGCUGCUGCCUACCACAACUACCAGAGACAUUUCAAGGACAAACAACGUGGUCAAAUCGGGAUAUCGUUAGAUGCAAAAUGGUAUGAGCCAAUGUCUGAUUGUGAUGAGGACAGAGAUGCAGCUCGUAGAGCGAUGGAUUUUGGUAUUGGAUGGUUUAUGGAUCCUCUAAUCAAUGGAGACUAUCCAGCUUCAAUGAAAAUUCUAGUGGAAGAGAGACUACCAAAGAUCACACCAGAGAUGUCCAAAAGCAUAAAAGGGGCAUUUGAUUUCUUUGGAAUCAACCACUACACGACACUAUACGCAAGGAACGACAGAACUCAGAUAAGGAAACUGAUUCUGCAAGACGCUUCUUCCGAUGCAGCCGUUAUCACAAGCUCUUUUCGUGGAGGAGUACCUAUAGGAGAAAGAGCUGGGUCAAGCUGGCUACACAUUGUCCCAUGGGGAAUCAGGAAACUGGCAGUGUAUCUUAAAGACAUGUAUGGAAACCCACCUGUAUUCAUCACAGAAAACGGCAUGGAUGAGAAAAACAAGCGAUACAUAGACAUGGAGAAAGCAUUACAAGAUGACAAGAGGAUUAGCUUCCACAGAGAUUACCUCUCCAACUUAUCAGCUGCCAUAAGGGACGAUGGUUGCGAUGUAAGAGGAUACUUCGUGUGGUCAUUGCUAGACAACUGGGAAUGGAACUCGGGAUACACAGUCCGGUUCGGGAUCUACUAUGUCGACUAUAAGAAGAAUCUCACAAGGAUCCCUAAAGCCUCUGCUCGAUGGUUUCGAACCAUGCUUGAUUCGGCAAGGAUUGAUCUUCUUAGCUCUUCCGAGGCUACAAAAACAGAUACUAGUAUCACGCAAGAGUAGAGUUAGAGUAGAUAUAUACACAGAUUGUUCAUACAAAAAGGCUCAAUUUUUAGGAUUUGUUGAACAAAAAUAUUGCUGAAUCAAAUAUAAUUUGAUUAAAAAAACCCCCUUCUCCGAGUUAUUAGAUUUUGAAGGUGACGAAUUUAAACAAGCUAUUAAAGGA